UGUCCCACUUUGAGAUAAAGCAAAAGCAGAGAAAGAAAAGCAAGAAAGAAAAAGAAAAACAUAAAAGAAAGGAAGAAAGAGAAAGGGGAAAGCAAUAAAGAAAAGAGAGGAAACAAAGACAAAGCUUCUCAAAAAACCUCCAUGAUUCAAAUUCUCUCAUGAUCAAUACCUUCUACUUCCCUCCCCCUACUUAACCAAAGAGUGAGAGGACAUCCACAAAGUCUCUACAAAGCCUUGUUUGGGAAAAAGGGAAAGAGAGAAAAGAGAAAAAGAGAAAGAGGGUUUAGUUUAUAUAGUUUUGUUGUUGUUGGAGAAUUAUAAGGCUUGGAUUUUUGCAGGCCAUGAAUCGAGGUGUUUUGCAGAGCUCACCAGUGCAGCAGAUGAUGGCUGGAAACCCUAACUGGUGGAAUAUGAACGGAGUAAGGCCGAUGGUUAUACCACCGUUAACCAGUACUCAUCAGCAACCGCCUUCUCCGUUCUUGCCUCCUCCUCCCACUCUCUUCCCUCAUCACUACACACUUAAUCCCUCUUCUUCUUCAUCGUCUUCUUCUGUCUUUCCUCUUCCUUCCUGGCAUGGCAGCCCAGAUCAGCUUCCUGAGUCAUGGAGUCAACUUCUCUUGGGAGGACUGGUGGGUGAAGAGGAAAAAGCGGCGAUGGGCCAUUUUCAAGCCAAAAAGUUGGAGAGUUGGGAGGAGCAAGUAUUACAUCAACCCCCAAAUGGUGGUGGUGUAGUGGAAGUGAAGCAAGAAAACUCAGCAAGCAGUUUUGUUUAUGGGCAUGCAAAUGAAGAUUUUCAGGCAAAACCUACUUGGUCUCAUCACCACCAGGUCAUGCCAGUUUCUUCCCCCAAGUCCUGCGUCACCACUUUUAGCAGCAACAUGUUGGAUUUCUCUACCAACAACAAAUCAGAUGGCAGGCAUCCACCCCCUGAUCGAUCUUCCGAGUGUAACAGCCCUGCAAGUGGUGGAGCAGUUAAGAAAGCUAGGGUUCAAGCUUCUUCAAGCCAGCCUACCUUCAAGGUAAGGAAGGAGAAAUUAGGAGACCGUAUUACUGCCCUUCACCAGUUAGUUUCUCCAUUUGGAAAGACUGACACGGCGUCUGUCUUGUUAGAAGCUAUUGGGUACAUCAGAUUCCUUCAGAGUCAAAUUGAGGCUCUCAGUUUACCGUACUUGGGCUCUGCCUCAUCCAACAUUAGGCACCAACAGUCUGUUCAAGGGGAGAGGAAUUGUGUAUUUCCUGAAGACCCUGGUCAGCUACUGAAUGAUAACUGCAUGAAGAGGAAAGCUGGAGCUGCUGAGCAGGAUGGUCAUGAGGAGCCAAAGAAGGACCUGAGGAGUAGGGGGCUGUGUCUGGUUCCUGUAUCAUGCACACUGCAAGUUGGGAGUGACAACGGAGCUGACUACUGGGCUCCGGCUCUGGGGGGAGGUUUCCGGUAGACGAAUGGCACCGUUUUGGUGGCAGCACAGCAGCACACAAUCAAUAUAUGAAGAGCUUCAAUAUGAAACGUUAUAACAUCAUGAGCAGUCACUCUGCUAAAAACAUCAAAGGCUGAUUGCUCAUGAUGCUAUACACAAUCUUUGUUGGGUUUAUGUAUGUGUGAGUGUGUGUGCUGCAGAUCUAGCAAUUAAUUAAUAGAACACGUGGAUUAAUUUCGAUUCCUGGUUGAAAACCCUUCUCUAAUUUUAGUUCAAUUGUUAUUAGUAAUUA